CCCCAGAGUUCCGGUUCCAGAUGUCUACAGCUCGGGCUCAGCCGCCAACUCGUACACUGGCCUCAAUUACAUCUGGCACCAGACUCUCAGGAUCAAGUAACCUGGAAUCAUCAACGACGCAUAAAACAAAAGAUGAAGCCACCCGGUUUCUCGACAACGUUACCCAAGACCCUGCAUCGCAUAUCAAACAAACGGCUCUCCAUGAUCCUUUCGUCGAACCAAGGGCAUAUUCAGCAUGCCAAGAUUCGGGGCCACAUCACCCUUCUGAAGAAUUAUCCUUGCUGGCAGCUAAACCUGUCAGAACAAGGAACAUUGCGCUCACUCUGCGAGUCGGCAAUCACUGAAGUCCCACCGCUCGGAAUAAAUCCCGCCAUUGAAGAUUCGAAUGGCAAGUUGAAAGAGAACUGUGGUCAGCUUGAUGCAGGAUCUCAAACCACAGCCUCGGGAAAGAUAUUACGACCUCCUCCCGGACUGCCUAUGCCCGCCGUGCCGCGGAUGGUGGCCGAGGAGUUGUUUAGUACGGCAAAUUAUGCUCAGACCAAAACUCGACUUGAAGAGGCAAACGCUUGGUUUCACAAAGACCCUCGCGGUGAGAAACAUCUUCGCCAGCAAGUCGCCGCCAUUGCCCAAAAUCAUGCCGAGAGAAUCGAGCGGCUCACGGGAACCGAUGGCACCACCGCAAAGCAAAUGAGUCUGCUUUUGGGAAACGUGAUUGUCAAUCUCCAUUCACACUUUUCUGA